AUGUAUGCCAAAGGUGAACGCGAAGGAGCGUUGAAUGUGUUCAGACGAAUGGAAGAAGAAGCUGAAGUUGCUUCUGACCAAAUCACUUACAUUGCAGUUCUAUGGGCAUGCAGCCAUCUCGGGCUGGUCGAAGAAGGUCAGAAACAUUUUACCUCCAUGACCAAGGUUUACGGUAUUGAGCCUACUAUGGAGCAUUAUGGUUGCAUGAUUGAUCUUUUGAGUCGAGCAGGCCACUCCGAAGAGGCCGAGGAGCUCCCAAUGAAAAUGCCAACGCAGCCUAAUGCAACAAUCUUGAGUUCUAUUCUGAAUGAUUGUGAAAUGUAUGGAAACGUAGGCCUUGCCAACAGAGUGAAAAGUCACAUGGUAGAGUUGAAGAAUUCUAGUAGUGGUGUUUAUGUACUUUUGUCAAAUAUUCAUGCCAAAGCCUGUAAUUGGGAGGAAAUGAAGCUGGCUAGAGAUUCGUUAAAGCAUAAAAAAAUUGGGAAAACACUUGGGAACAAUUUUGUUGAAAUAAACUUAUUGCCUUAGCUGUUGCAUGCAUUGAA